AUGGCAGCUCACUACUAUUCCUCCGCCAUGUCUUACCGCCGGCGGCAGCUCGUCUUCUGGCUAUGGCGCAUCGGGAAACCAAUCGGUCAGGAAGUCAAGAUCCGUAAAGAGCGAAGGCGACGUCUCCCUCAAGGGCCCCUCGACGUAGGCGGUUCUGUAAAAUCGGGAAGGAGCAUCACCCUGACCGGAGAUUUUACCAUUGAAGACAAGAUGGAGGCAUACGGAAGCAUUGAUAUGCAUGGAAAGGUCACUUGCGGAGGGAAAAUCAAGGCAGCCGGAAACAUUAUCGUGACGGGCUAUCUCGCGGCACAUGACAAGAUGAAGAGCUACGGAAAGCUCAAGAUCCGGGGACUUGUGAUGCUGCCGACCUCGAGGUGUACGGAGACCUCGUUGUUGAUGGAUACCUAUGUCACCUACUACAUUCUCAAGCACAAGCAAUAG